ACUUGUACCUUAACUUGACUGAGUAGUGAGACUGAGUACCAGUUACUUUUUUUUCUCUACCUUAAAAGUUAAAACACAACUCUCUCUCUCUCCCUCAAAACACUUACCUUGUUUUCCAAUUCUUUGUUACUGAUGAUUCUACUCCCUUCUCAGAUAUAUUAGAGGAAAAGAGCUGGGACUUGGUAAGCAGGAAAUCAAGUUUGAUGUUAAUUUCCUGAUUUAUCAACAACCAAACAUGGAACAAAAAGGCUGCCCAACAGACCCCAAAAAACGCGAGGAGGGCGACUAUACACUCAUUGGAGAUGGAGAGGACGACUUGUUGGGGUUGUAUGAUAAACCUCUCCCAUGCUUUGGCUGUGGUAUAGGCUGGUUUUCAUUUCUGCUUGGUUUCGUAUUCCCGUUGAUGUGGUACUAUGCUACAAUCCUUUACUUCAGAAAUUACUAUCUUAAUGAUCCUAGGGAGAGAACUGGACUGGCCACUUGCGCAAUAGCUGCAUUGGUAUUUACAAUUGUGGCACUGAUUGUUGCGGCUGUGAUUCUAUUUUAGUGCUUGUGGAAACACUAAAGCUCUACCAUAUCAGUUCCUUGUGUAUAUAUGCGUUUCUCCAAUUUUAUACACAAGCCAAACAGGCAAAAGGGGGAUCUUUGGGGAAGAGCUUGAUGAAGCAUUUAGCAGGUGAUUGUAAGUUUUACUGUGUGUGCAAAAAUACCUACAUGUACAUGAUAUAACUGUAUUGGAGUGUAGAAAACAAUAGCCACAUUAUAAAAUGAUGUCUUAGAGAAGUGUCUUGAUGUGUUUGACGUUCAGCCUGGAUUUGCUGUUGUGUUAUGCAUAUAGUUGUUGUAUCUUA